AGAUAUGAAAUAAAAACUGAGAAGAUUGGUGUGCUAAACGUGUUUGUGCAGGGUAAAAUUGCCGGCAUUACCCUUACCACUCCCGUUUUUAUGACCGUGCACGAUUUGGGCUCCAACCACACUGAGUUCCAUAAGCUGGUAGAACACCCCUGUAUGGCCAAACUGAAGGCCCGGUCCGUAUGGAUACACGUGGAACUGCCCGGACAGGACUUUGACGCCCCAGACCUGCCCGAGUCCUAUACAUUCCCAUCGAUGGACAAUAUUGCUGAAAAUCUGGUCAAUGUUCUCAACUAUUUUAACAUCAAAUACUGUGUGACUCUGGGCGAGGGCGCCGGCGCCAACAUAAUAGCCCGUUUUGCGAUGUCUUUUCCCGACAGAGUUUUGGGAAACAUAUUAAUUCACUGCACGUGUAGUGUUGAGAGUGUUAUGCAAUACUUUCACGAUAAAAUGAUGACUUGGAAAUUGAAUGCAUUGGGAAUGAAUUCAACGGCUGAACAGUAUUUGGUUUUCCAUAAGUUCGGAGCGACAGAGAGCAGUCAAGAGAGGGAUCGUGUGAUACAGGACUACAUCAAGAAACUGCACAGUCGUAUGAAUGCCAAGAAUCUGAAACUUUAUGUCGAAUCAUAUCUCGCUCGGACAGAUCUGACGCCACAGUUGAAGGACAAGAUGAGGAUCGACUCGAUGCUGACGUCGGGCUCCCGGAGCUCACACUCGACACACAUGGAUCAGAUGCAGGCGGCGAUGGACCCCAAACUGACCACAAGAGUCAAACUGGACAACUGCGGUGAUGUGCUUCAGGACGCGCCCGAGGCUUUCGCUUACAAUUUGCUGCUCUUCUGCCAGGGAUUAGGACUUUGUUAG